AUGAUCAGUGCAAGUUCUUUUGCUAACCAAUUACCACCUCUACCCCGAUUUCUACAAUCACCCUCUCCAGCUACCAUUCAAUCAUUACUAGAUGAUCCUCCUUGUUCUGACGAGAUACACGAUGCUCGGACUGCUCUCAUACUUCGACACGCCCUUCGACAUGCUGCUGAACAUUGCGAUAGUGAGCUAUUGAUGUGGCUGACAGCUUUGACCGGUCAACAUGCUGCUAUACUAGAUGAAGAGGUACAGUUGAUCGAAGAUGAAGAUGGUUGGGGAUUGGUAGGAAUGACCAUUCUUGGGAGUUGUGGUUCUCAGGAGAAAGAAGAAUGUACUAGGGCUGUGGUAUUACGUUGGGGAUUAGAAGUCGGUCCGAGAAAAGGUAGAGACAGAGGAGGCUGGACACCAUUACAUCUCUCAGCCUUAGUAUCAACAGCACCACUUAUCUCUUUCCUACUGACACGCGGUGCAAGUUGUCGCGUCUUGACCAAUCGCGGUUUGACACCUUUGGAUCUGAUAGCGGGUCUCGACGAUAGACAGGAAGUUGCUGUAUUGUUGGAACACGCCACAUCUACAGGUCCAACUACUUCGGCUAUACUACCUGAAGGUCCCUGGGAUGGAAGUUUGAGCGCCCAGAGACAGUCUAUGCUUGGACGAAGACGUUCAAGGGCAGUAGGUAUGAUAGAGCAGAAAUCUAGGUUGGAGAGACUGUGGAAGAUGGAAGCGGAGAGGGGGGUGUUCAUAAGGGAGACGGUGAGGGUGGUAGGGGUGAAUCCGGAAUAUCUCUUGAACCAAAACACCCCUGGCAAGCGAUUGUCGGCUGAUUCGGGAUUGGGAUGGAUAGAUGACGAAUCGACAGCUGAGGAAUCAGAGAGUGAUUAUGAGGAUGAUUCUGUUAACAAGGAUAUACACGAGACCCUGCUCGUGUUCUCCCUCUCUCAACUUCCGAUCAUAUUCGACAUCUUCAUCACAGCUCGACAGCCUUAUUGCUUCCCUGUGGAAGAAAGAGCGGUGCCAGCCAAUGCUAUCUACUUAUAUGCACGAUUCGCUCAUUACCGAUGCGACCAAUCAUGGUUGGAAGAACUGAUAGAAGGAGCUGUCGAGAAGAUCGAGCAGGGUGUAUAUAGUAAUGUGGAGGACCUUGCCUUUUUGUCAUACUGGGCCUAUAAUACGACAGUCCUCUUGCAUCUCCUACGAUCCGACGCUGGUCUUGAAGAGGCAUGUGAGAAGUUGGGAUUCAUCUCGAUGAUGGAAGAGCUCAUCAAUGCCAUUCAUGUGUUUGUGAUCCGAGUAGCAGAGCGUCGGAUCGAUAUAAUACUGGAUGCCUCUUUGUUGGACUAUGAAAAUCUGGAAGAAGUCGGUGAUGUUAGGUUUGAGGGUGAAUGGACGUUGUUCCGUUCUUUUGGAGGAAAGAAGAAACGUGAACUCCUUCCCAAAGCUUCACAAAUAUUUAACAAUGGUAUAACAUCUUCUCCUAGAAACAGGAUAUCGGAAAGUCCCAGUACACGAUCGAUACAAGGUGCCAUGGAAGAAGUAACUCCUCAAUCCAUCACCGACAUUCUUACCGGGGUUCUUGUCGUAUUACAAAUCUACGAUGUCAACCCUGCUCUCACCGUUCAAGCCUUUUCCCAAAUCUUUUAUUGGAUAGCUUCGGAAUUAUUCAAUCGUAUCCUCACUCGAAAGAAAUAUCUCUGUCGCUCUAAAGCUGUUCAAAUCCGAAUGAACAUCACUGCGUUAGACGAUUGGGUAAGAUCACAUGGUAUACCUUCGAAAACAGCUACGAAACAUUUAGAACCGGUUGCUCAACUAUUACAAUGGCUUCAAUGUAGUUCACAAAUCAAAGAAUUCGAUACACUCAUUGGAACUUUACAAAACAUGCGUUCUUUAAAUCCUAUGCAAAUGCGACGUGCUGUGCGUGAUUAUCGAUAUGAAGUCAAUGAAGGUAAAAUGUCGGAAGAAUGUACGCAAUAUUUGUCUCAACUUCAAAAAGAUUGGGAUCGUCGAAGAGUUCAAAUGUCAAUGGAAGUCAUGAAAAAUGACGCUAGAAGACGUUCAAGUGAUGAUACGAACGAAACGACUUGUUCUCAUGAUAUCGGAAAUAAAGACGAUUCAACAUCUAUCGACGCUUUAUUUGACGGUACUACAUCAUUAGCCGAUUUCACACCUCAAGCAGGUCCAGAAUGUAUUGGUGAAUUAUUAGAUCCUCGACAUAUGUUACAUUUUAAUCUUCCUUCCGAUAACACCUACCUCAUAGCUACACCACCUAAAGAUGCAGCAUUCAACACUAUGUCUUCUAUUUCACCUUUCAUCACUGAUUCUAUCAAUUCUCGUCCUUCUUCUAGAGAUUCCUUCUCUUCUGCUAAACCAUUAGGAUGGUCAUUACCAAGUGAAACGAAGUUGAGGAAAUUACCAAAAGAAUUCUUUACAUGGCUAAGACGUCAAGAAAGAGAUAGGAAAUAUCAGUUCGAUCUACUUCGACCUCGAAUGGCUAAAUCUCCAGCUCUGGACCCUCCAUUAGGUCCAAGUCAAAGAGUCACAAGACCUAUCAAAACUACACCUCAACCGGUGACUAUUCAAAAUGGGACAUAUGAUGAAGAUUCAACACCUAUUGCUACUAGUGUUUCUUUCCCAAUACCAUCAGCUACUUUUUCGACCAACGGAGUACCUAGUCCAGGUUUAAGAACAUCAUCUUCAGUGGAUGAAUUGAGAGAGAAAGCGAAGAACGCUCAACUCACUUCGAGUUUCGAGACCGUUCCGAGACAUAAGAGGACGGAAAGUUAUGAAUUAAAGACGAGAUCGAUAUAUACACCUACACCAAUGAGGAAUGGAGUGAUGAGUACGACAGAGGAUAAGGACAGCACGAGAAGUGUCUCUUCUGGAUCGGGCUCGAAAUGGUGGAGAUUGGGAAGAAGAAGUGGUGGGAUGAGGGAUGGAAGUGAGGAUACUAUUACUGAUGGGAUGGGAAUGGCUUUGGAUGAAAUGGACGUUUUGACCCCUGUGGUCAGGGAGGGGAAUGGGUGGGGUCAUGAUUAA